AUUGAAAGUUAAAAUUCAACAACAUGAAUAUUUACAUUAUUGGUAUAUUAUGUACUAUAGGUUUGAUCAUUUCACAAGGGUUUACUGCUACUACAAAUUUACCUGAAGAUCAAUUAGAUGAACUUAAUAUUAUAAAUAAAUAUUUAAAAUUAAAGGGAAUUAACAAACAAAUCACCGAAGACGAUCUCCAGAAAUUGCUGAAUAACAACGAGAUUGAUAAGCACCUUGUGAAGAAAAUAAACAAUACACAUCCUAUUGAAACUUAUACUCAAAAACAUGAUGAACCCAUAAUCCCUUUGUGGAUUAUAAAUCCGCCAUACUACUUGGUUGAGAAGCUAUUUCAACUAUUGGGAUAUCUCAUAAGAUACGAUGAUGGCCUUGAAAUAUAUCGACCAUAACGUCAGUAUCACAACUACAUAGUAUGGGAAUGAGUUCAACAACUAUUCUUAAUAACUUUGUUUGGUUUUCUUUAAACAUUUUGAAUGAACUAAUAAAGGAUGUUGAUAAUCAUUUUAAGUGAUUAAAAAUAAAUUAGAUAUUCAA